AUGGCUUCCCUCAAGGAGAAACUAGUUACGUUGGCGGACAACUAUACAGCUUGCGAUAUAUCAGAUGCCCUCCUCAAGCUCCAAAAAGUCCCGGAAGGCGGCACCGCACGCGCAGGUUUCCUAGCAGAUCUCACCCCCUUCUCCCCGAUAAUCGGCCGCAACGACCGCGCCAAAAGAAUCGCCGCCCCAGCAACAACCUUCAAAUUCCUCUCCAAGAAGGACCAACCACCACAAAUCGCACUCGAAAAUCCCGAGAAACACGGCUUCCCGCCGGGAAAGCACUGGGUCGAUUUUGUGGGCGACUUUGCCGCGGCGGAUCCGGCAAAUGCGGGCUCGAUUGUGGUCAUUGAUCAACCUAAAGACCAGUAUUGUGCGGUGACGGGUGGGAUUAUGGCGACGAGGAUGAAGGUUUUGGGGAUUCGGGCGGCGGUUGUGAAUGGGAGGGUGAGGGAUCUGAGGGAGUUGGUGGAGACGGAACUUCCGAUUUGGGCGAGGGGGACGUCGACGGUGGGCACUGGUGCUGAGGCAAAAGCUGCGAUGCGGGAUGUUCCUAUUACGAUUGAAGGGGUGACUGUUUCUCCUGGUGAUAUUAUUUUCUGCGAUCCCAUGGAGGGUGUGGUUGCUAUCCCACGGGACUUGCUUGAACCAGUGUUGGAGCUGAUGCCCAAGCUGAUUAGCAUGGAUGAUCAAGCUAAGAACGCCGUCGCACAGGGCAUGACUGUUGCGGAAGCCUUCAAGACAUUCCGGGCUUAA